GACAUGUCUGCUGGCAGCAACCUGAGGUCUGAGGAGCAGUUCCUGUGCUCCAUCUGUCUGGACCUGUUCACUGAUCCGGUCAGCACACCAUGUGGACACAACUUCUGUAAAACCUGCAUCAGCCAACACUGGGACGGUAACGUUCUCUACAACUGUCCUCUGUGUAAAGAGCAGUUCUCCACGAGGCCUCAGCUCAGAGUCAACACCUUCAUCAAGGAGGUGGUCGCUCAGUUCAGACAUGAAGCUCAGCAGAAAACCAGCAGCAGCUCAGAGCAACAAGCUGCAGAACCAGGAGAAGUUCCCUGUGACGUCUGCUCUGGACCCAGACUGAAGGCCCUGAAGUCCUGCCUGGUGUGUCUGGCCUCCUACUGUCAGACUCACCUGGAGCCUCACCUGACAGCUGCACGUCUGAGCAGACACCAGCUGGUGGAUCCUGUGGAGAACCUGGAGGACAGGAUGUGUUCGAAGCACGAUCAACCUCUGCAGCUGUUCUGUAAGAACGACCAGACAUGUGUCUGCAUGCUCUGCUCUGUUUUGGACCACAAGACUCAUGAGCUUGUUCCUCUGAGAGAAGAAUAUGAAGGAAAGAAGGCAGAGCUGAGGAACACAGAGGCUGAAGUUCAGCAGAUGAUCCAGAACAGACGUCUGAAGAUCCAGGAGCUCAGAGAGUCGGUGAAGACCAGUAAAGAUGCUGCAGACAGAGAGAAAGCUGAAGGUCUUCAGGUCUUCACUGAUCUGAUGGACUCUGUUGAGAGGAACAAGAAGAGCUUCAUGAAGGAGAUCGAAGACAAACAGAAAACUACAGAGAAACAGGCUCAAGACUUCAUCAAACAUCUGGAACAGGAGAUCUCUGAGCUGAUGAAGAGGAGCUCUAAGGUGAAGCAGCUCUCAUGCUCUGAAGACCACCUCCACCUCCUCCAGAGCUUCAGGUCCCUGAAAGCUGCUCCACCCACCAAGAACUGGACCCAGGUCAGAGUCCAUCCUCCAUCAUAUUAGGGGACUGUGGUGAGAGCUGUGGCUCAGCUGGAGCAGAACCUCAGGGAGAAGAUGAAGAAGCUGUUUGAGGCUGAGCUGAAGAGAGUCCAGAAGUCUGAGGUGGAUCUGACUCUGGAUCCUAAAACUGCACAUCCUAAACUCAUCCUGUCUGAUGAUGGAAAACAAGUUCACUGUGGUGAUGUGGAGAAGAAUCUUCCAAACAAUCCAGAGAGAUUUUCUUAUGGUGUUUCUGUUUUAGGGACUCAGAGUUUCUCUUCAGGCAGAUUUUACUUUGAGGUUCAGGUUAAAGGAAAAACUGAGUGGAUUUUAGGAGUGGCCCGAGAGUCCAUCAACAGGAAGGGAUUCAUCACACUGAGUCCUGAAGAUGGUUUCUGGACUGUUUGGUUGAUAAAUGGAAAUGAGUACGAAGCGAACACCAAUCCUUCAGUCCAUCUGAGUCUCCAGUCUGGUCCUGAGAAGGUGGGGGUGUUUGUGGAUUAUGAGGAGGGUCUGGUCUCCUUUUAUGAUGUUGAUGCUGCAGCUCUGAUCUUCUCCUUUACUGAUUGCUGCUUCUCUCAACAACUCUACCCGUUCUUCAGUCCUUGUCCUAAUGAUGGAGGUAAAAACUCAGCUCCUCUGAUCAUCUGUCCUGUCAAUCAAUCAGCCAGAUGUCCUGUCAAUCAAUCAGCCAGAUGUCCUGUCAAUCGAUCAGACUGAUGUCCUGUCAAUCAAUCAGCCU